GGGAAAUAUAAACAAGAGUAUUUUCUGUAAAUGAAGCCCCAAUUCUCUGCCAAAUCAUGACUGACCAGAUAAUUUCAGAAUUAGAAAAUGCUGCUAACAUUAUAAUGGCUCCACCUAAUUUGGUUUCCAAUGAACAAAGACAUGCAGCAGAGAGCAUUUUUUUAGAAUUCAGGAAAAGUAAAUCACCAUAUGGAAUUUGUAAAGAAAUUCUGGAGAACUCACAUAAUCAUUAUGUUCUUUUUGAAUCUGCAGAAGUUUUGAAAAGUGCUAUCAUAAGAGAAUGGGCAUUUCUAUUAGAAUCAGACAAAUCAUCUCUAAGACAAUAUUUAUUACAGUAUAUAACUACAAAAAAUGUUCCUGCUUUUGUGAGAGAUAAAAUUCUACAAGUGCUUGCUAUAAUGGUAAAACGUGCAAGUAUAGAUGACAAUGGUAGGGAAAGAACAAAUAUUUUACAUGAGGUAGAGAAUCUCAUUGUCAAUGCAGAACCUAGCAAGAAAAUUUUGGGUUGUAAUAUAAUUACUAACCUGUUGCAAGAGUAUGCCACUACUGUGAAAUCCACUGAUGUAGGUCUUCCCUGGGAAGUGCAUUUCAAAGCCAAAAAGCAGUUUGAGGCCACUGAUUUGAAAAGAAUACUCCAAUUUUGUGUCUAUCUUUUGGCAGAAGUUGUGAAAAGUGAUCCUCCAUAUUCAGAAACAUUCAUUCAGCUCACAGGACAUUUGCUGAAGAUCACUGAAACAGUAUUCACAUGGGGCUAUGUUUCCCCAAUUCUUCCAAAAAGACUGAUUGGAAUUUAUGAGUCAGUUUAUGAAUCUGAUGCUUCCCCAGCUUUGAAACUCACCAACACAUGGUCAGAAGUCAUUUUGAAUCCAGACUUGUUACCUUUGAUGUUCCAAAUUUAUUGGAAAGUCAGAGAUUCUGACCAGCUAGCCCAUCACUCUCUCAACUGUUUGGUACAGUUGGCAUCUUUGACAGGAACAAUACUAUAUUCAGAUGAAGUACGAAUCAAAUAUGUUCAUUUAUAUUUGAUGACAUUUUUCAAACUCAUAUCUAAUGUUACUGUAAAGAGUAAAGAAUCACUCGGCAUUUCGAAUAUUGUUAAAAAAUUAACCAUAUUCUUCAUACAUGAUAUACCAAAAUUGCCAGAAAGCAUACAAGAUACAUUAUUUGACGAAUUCACUAGGUUAACUUGCCAUUUUUGUGAUGGAGCUGUUCUUGAAGAAGCUCAAGGGCAAGAAGACAAAUAUUUUAGUGAUGCGUUCGACACUAUGUUAGAAGCUUGGAUGUCGAUCAUCCAAGAAUACAACAACUCCUUCGAAAACAGUUUUUUCGAGUGCGCAAAACGAAUACUGAAUAAAUACAUUCAGUGCCAUUUGGCGCCGCCAGAUGGCUGCAGACAAAUUUCCACCAAUGAAGCAGAGGAGGUGGAGGAUGACGAAGAUAAUGACAGGAUUCGGUUCAAAGAUCAGUUGCAGGCCAUUGGGGUGUUUGGAAGAGUGGUGCCAAGCCAUGUAUUACCAGUGUUGUUCAAACUAUUAGAAGAUAGAAUAAACGAACUCUUGAACAAUUUGGGUGUGAUGCAAACGCGAGCGAUGAACGUAUCCGAAGCAGCUUCGUUGGACAAUUUGUUCGAGGACAUCCAUUGGAUCGUCCUGAUAUCCGGGCACAUAUUGUGCAUGGACAGCGACGGCGAAACACCCAUGAUACCAUCGGAGAUAAUGCAGUACUCGUUGCAACAGGCCAAUCGGAGCGAGAGCACCCUGGAGAGUACCGCCAACGCCAUCUAUGCGCUGCAAUCGAAGGCGGCUGCGCCGGACAACUUCGAUCGUUGCGAUCACGUGAUCCGUAUAGUGUUCAGCAUAAUGAAGUUGUGCACCAUCGAGGACACCGCGGCGUCUGUCAGUUUGGCGCAGUUUAUGAGCCCUGAAGUUGGAUCCACGUUGAUGUGGUUCUUGAAGAGGUGGUGCCUCUCUUAUCUCUUGCCUGUAGAAAAUUAUUAUCAAGAGUUGAGCCCAGUUCUCAUUGGUUGUACGGGAAAGGACACUGAGGGUGCCAGAUUCAUAGUAGAUUUUGUUCUAACGAAAGUUAGAUCUAAUGUUCAUCAUUUCAAAUCCGAGCCAAUUUUAUUGAGAGACACCGUUGACUUGUUUUGUGACAUAGUCUGUGUCAAACACAAGUCGACUUACAUAGUGAAAACGGAGGCCAUGAGGAACCUCCUCGACCUCUACCAGCACCUGGAGCCCGGCUGCCUCCCGCCCACUAUCGUCAGAGGCCUGUGCAAGGGCUUCGUCAUGGCGGGGGCAGCCUUGCACAACCCCCGAGACUCAGAUAGUACUAGCACGAUGAACGAAUAUUUCGAGAUGAUGUUGACUCCGCUGCAGCAGCGCUUCAAAACUUUGUUGGGCCAAGAGAAUUUCAGUAGGGUAUAUCACGAGGAGAAGGUCCAGAAGCAUAUGGUAGACCUUCUGGAAGCUUUCAUAGGUAUCGCGAAAGGUUCAUUGAUGCCUAGCGCGACCACCCUGUUCCAUUUCCUGGCGCCCAUCUUGAGCGAGCUAUCGGUGCUCCUGACGAUCUACAGCAACUACCAGGUCAUCGUGCAGCUAAUCCUGGAACUCUUCGGGCAGUGUGCCAAGUACAUGCUAUGCUUUCUAUCCCCCCUGGACAGCAAAAGGCUGUACGAGAGCGCUUUGGCAACAGUGCAAGCGUACGCCAAGUGCAACGCUGGACGAUUCACCACCGAAACUUUCGCCGAAGAAUUCACUUACCAAGAUUUAGGUCUGGUGCUGGAUCUUCUCACUUUCAUCUUAUCGAAAGACUGCUUUGAUCUGUGCCAAGAUACUGGGAACGAGGAAAUUAAUGUGUCCGCUUCGGAUGUGUCGCUUUUCGGCCUGAACUUUAUAAUGCCCUUGAUGACCAUCAACUUACUGAAGUUCCCGAGCUUGUGCACCCAGUACUAUAGGCUCUUGGUGUUGAUAAACGAUAUUUAUCCGGAGAAAAUUUGCAAUCUACCGCCUGAGCUGCUGCAGACUUUGCUGCGGUCGAUAGAAAUAGGUUUGACCAAUUUCGGGCCGGACAUUGUCCAAGCUUGCUUGGACUUCAUCCAAGGCAUGGCGACUUACAUUUUCCGGCACGCCAUGUUGAAUAGCCCUUUCUCGCAGGCAUUGAGGCCCUUUUUGAAGGUUUUGAUGGACCUGACGCUGUCCCAUCAAAUCAACUCUGAUCUGAUUAGUACGGCCAGUACUAGUAUUUACGCUCUGAUGUGUUGUUUUCAAGAGGAUUAUAAGAUGCUGGUGCAGAGUUUGAUACAGAAUCAGCCUGACCCGAUGACUGCUGAGAGGCUAGCGGCAGCUUUCAAUAAUUUGGUUUCCAACGUGGACAUGACUUGUGAUCGACUGCCGAAGCUGAAGUUCAGGGACAAUUUUGAUAAAUUCGUCGUCAACGUCCAUGGCUUUUUAUUGAUCAAGUGAGAUUAGUGAAUGUAUGUUAGUACCUAUUUUAUAACGCAAAAUAUUUCGAAAUUCACCAAGUACAACUUCCGGUUUGUUGAAAUUUUAUUGAGAAUCAUUUAGAUACGUUCUACUAGUGAGACUUCACCUGGAAAAAUUACGUUUCCAGGAUGGAAUCCUAGUGCUAAACCUCCUUUUACCUUCAUCCUAUCAAAAUACAGAGUGGAUUUUUGUAGAGACAUUUCAAACUGAUAAAUCAAUGUGACUGCUUCGGAUGUAACACUUUGUCUUAAAGUUUGACCAUUGACUGAAGUUCUCAAGCUUGUGAACCCCAUAUUGAUAUUGCUAAGGCGAUAUUUAUCCAGAGAAACCUUGUAAUUUGCCACCAGAGUUCUUGCAGACUUUGCUGCGGUCGAUAGACCUACUUAUCCUGGAACUCUUCGGAUAGUUCGCCAAAUGCAUGGUGUGCUUUCAAUCCUCAACAAUUCAACAAAAGGCUGUACGAGAGCGCCUUGGCAACAGUGCAAUCGUACGCCAACUGCAACGCUGGACGAUUCGCCACCGAAACUUUCGCCGAAGAAUUCACUUACCAAGAUUUAGGUCUGGUGCUGGAUCUCCUCACUUUCAUCUUAUCGAAAGACUGCUUUGAUCUUUGCCAAGAUACUGGCACAAAGUGGAUUCUUGU